CACCACACGUGUACGAGGCGGCGGCGGCGGCGGCAACUCUUGGGUUCACCCGAACGACCGCGACGCGAACCACGGCCAGGUGGACGACCGCGAUCGGCCGACGCGAGGUGUUUCGCGGGAGGCGCGGAGGCCGGGACGACGGACGCCGGCGAGCGCCGAGCGGAGGUCGUUGCAUUGCUGCCAGCCAGCAGCAGGCAUGGCGGCUCCCAUCAGCUGGUUUCCGGUGAUCGUGGCGGCCAAGCCAUCCAUCUUUUUUGUGGCGAUGCGGCCGAGAGGGGAGGACGAGAGGGAGGAGAUCAUAGACCUGGCCCGCAAAGCGGGGAGCAAGAAAGGCAAAGAGCUGGAGGAUGCUCUAGAAGAGGGCGUCAUCCAUAACGCCACCGGGUUCGCGGUUGGGACCGUCGGAGAGGCGGCCGGCGGCAGGGUGAAGAUCAUGGUCUUCACCGUCGCUCACCUGAUCGAGCACGUGUACCAUGCGGACUGGCAGCCCAUCGACGCCAAGACCGUCAACAAGCUCUACGAGGUCGAGCUGUACUGCCCGCACGCGGAGCUAGACUGGCUCGCCAGAGGCCGGCGAGGGCCCAGGGUCUCCUUCGAGGCGUGGGCAUCUUCCAUCGACUGCGUCAUCGAUUGCAUGGUGCUCACCGCGUACGUCAGCGACGUCGCGCUGAGGACGCUGACGGUGGGGGCGGGGAUACAAAGGGAGAGGCGGAUCGAGCUUUGCCCGGGGCCACACCCGGAGCUCCACUUCAGCGACGUGCUCCAGCCGUGCCACCCGUGCAUGAUGCUCGCAUGGCCCAGUGAUCUGAUUCACCUCUUCUACGUGGGCACCCAGUGCGAGGUCAGAUUGGCGGCCGACUUCAGCGGCAACGCGGCGGGCUACAGCAUGAGCCUGCUCGAGGCCCAGAUCGGGUGCACCGACGGCGCCUCCGGCGCCCCACUCUUCAACCUCACCGGAGAUGUCAUCGGCGUCCUGCACGGCAAGCUGCUAGACGACCACUCGUACUUCGUGGCCCCCCAGCACCUCCUCGCCUUCCUGGCUACAGCGCGUGACGAGGCCGCCGCCGCAGCUGCUGCCGAACAGGCCACCGCUGCCAUCCUCGCCGUAGCCGCCGCAGAGCAGCUUCACGCCGCGAAUCAUGCUUGGUGUGACUUGCGCCGUCCGCGCAGUGCCUGCCCUCGCCGCCCGCGCUUUCCGCGUCUUCCUCCUCCUCCUCCCAGCCGUAGGCGUCGCCGGAGGUGAAGGUACCGGAAGCAAGUGGUGCAGACUUGAUGGUGUGGUGUUA